CCGGAAGUUGGCGGCCGGCGGGUUUUGAAGUCCCGAGGUCCCGCCGUCCCGCCUCCGCGCCUGCAGAUUUGACUUAACUUUACAGAGAAUACCUGAAAAGCGACCCAGAACGGGGACCCUGGAGCCAGCAUUUUGAACGUAUUGCAUCGUGCAGGGCAGAAUUCUCCACGUGUGGAAGAUCAAUCCCCUUUGCUGACUCGUUCAUUAAGCUGGUGGUCAGACCGUCCAAACCCUCCGCUGGGCGUCCUGGUCUCCUGUUGAAGGUGGUGGCAGCACAUUCCAGGGAUGUAUAUGCAGGUAGAGUCGCGCACCAGCUCCCGCCUCCAUCUGAAGAGGGCUCCAGGCAUCAGAUCCUGGUCCCUGCUGGUUGGAAUCUUGUCGAUCGGCCUGGCUGCUGCCUACUACAGUGGAGAUAGUCUGGGCUGGAAGCUCUUCUAUGUCACGGGCUGUCUGUUUGUGGCCGUGCAGAACCUGGAGGACUGGGAGGAAGCGGUCUUCAACAAGAGCACCGGGAAGGUAGUGCUGAAGACGUUCAGCUUGUAUAGGAAGCUGCUGACUCUCUGCAGAGCAGGCCAUGACCAAGUGGUGGUCCUGCUCAGUGACAUCCGGGACGUGAACGUGGAGGAGGAGAAGGUCCGGUACUUCGGGAAGGGCUACGUGGUGGUGCUUCGGUUCGCCACAGGCUUCUCCCACCCCCUCACCCAGAGUGCUGUCAUGGGCCACCGCAGCGAUGUGGAAGCCGUUGCCAAGCUUAUCACUACUUUCCUGGAGCUGCACCGCCUGGAGAGUCCUGUGGAGCUGUCUCAGAGCAGUGACAGUGAGGCCGACGGUCCGGGAGACCAGAGCUGACCUCCAUGGUGCCCCUCAGCAGGGUUCUGACGGAGCCCCAGCAGGACUGUUGGGCCGCCUGCGAGUCCUCCUCCUCGACUCUUGGCUGUGUCCCUGGCGGCCCCAGGGCAGGACCCUCAGCCAUUCCUGCUGCUUGCUUCUGUCCUCCAAGCGAAACCACAGUGGGACCUUCUCUGCAGGCUGAUCGGCCUCUUCCUGGAAUCAGACAGCCCGCUGGCGUAGUAGCCUGAUGUGGAUAGGCCAGACCUGCUAGCCAUGUGGGGCUCAAGGUCUCUGAAAUGGGACGGACACCCAGGAUCCCAGGGCACGAAGUGUCGGGCUGAGCUCUCUGGGUCAGGGUCUUGGCCAGGACUCGGUCCUGCAGGUUGCAACAAGGUUUCGGCAGGCGGGUGUGGCUCCUGACUGGGUCAGCCUGAGGAUGCUCUCUGCCUGUUGUUCCUGCGGCCUGCGGUCCUGCGGAUCCCAGUUCCCGCCCUGCUCCCCAUGUUCAUCCCUCCCACCAGCUAGACAUCCUCAGUGGUCGGAAGUGAGGUGCUCACCCGCGAGGUCCUGGUGAUCAGGGUGGAUGCCAAGGAGCCCAUUUGAUUGGUGUGCUGUUGCCAUAGUGAGGCCUCUACAACCCCAGAUGGCUCAUCUCGAGUCCAACUGAGGCAGGAAUCAGAUAGUGGGCUCCAGGUUAGACAUUCACAACUGGCCUCCUGUUUGCAUUUCAUGGGGCAGGAAGAUGGGCUUCAGGAUGUAUACCUACAACUAGGAACUUGUAUUUCCUGAGACAAGAGAUAGGUGGGCUCCAAGUAAGGCAUUUAACUUUCCCAGGUGCAGAGCCAUUUUGUGGGGCAGAAAGAAAUGGGCUUCAGGAUGUAUAGGUACAACUAGCCUCCUGUUUGCUCUCCACAAUGGCAAUAACAACAGAAACAGGGUAAAUAGCCAGUGUUUGUCUCUUAAAACACCUUAAGGUAAUAGUUAUGCAAGGACAAAGAGGGGCAAAACCCUGUUUUGAGUAAAGGAUUAAGGGAUGUCCACUCCUUCCAUUUCCUUUGGGGACAAGGGAGACACUGCACAUAUGCAGAAAGGUUCCUUGGGGGUCGAAAGUCAGGUGAUAAUGCCAGGCCAUAAUGAGUCUUGCUCCUCCCAGAAGCCUUCAGUUGGAGAUCCAUCUUGGCUGAGAGGUGCAGGCACACCCAGGGGAGUGUCUCAGGGUGGGCCAGGUGUGGAAAAGAAACCAGAUAACUGGCUGAAGGUAAAGACCCGAAGAACUGACCUAUAUACAUGACUUAACCGCCUCUUUACAGCGUUCCUCCUCCUGAGGGGGACGCCCGCACACUUUCUCUCUGGGUGUGCGUCUCUGCCUUGCUUCUCUCCUAACAAACCAGUUCUAUGUGCUCUUCCGCUUGUUACGUCUCAAUAAACGUUGUACCUGCAUUAACA